UCUCUGUCUGUCUGUCUGUCUCUCUCUCUCUCUCAUAGUCUAGUGUGUGCUAUGCAACAGGAUGUCACAAUAAUGUGUAUAUGUAAAUGAUGAAAUCAUGUUUGAUUUCCUCAGCAGGGCUGGGCGAGGGGUGUGUACUCUUGUCGGGAAGAAAACCCCUCUGGCAUUCCUGGGAACUGAAAUACAGGGCAUGACAGGGUUUAAAUAGGCGACACACACUCUCUCCCUGCAGAUUCACACUUGCUGGGACGACUAUCUAAACUCCAUCACUAGGAGAAGAGAAUACUCAUCCUCUCAACAGCAACUAUGGCGCUUGAGAUAAGCAAGGUCCUGCUCCACGUCAAGGAAAACAAUAAGGAGCACCGCACUGAUGACGUAAGCGUAAAACGUUUGAUGGUGCGCCGUGGCCAGAGCUUCAAAAUCACUCUCCACACCAAUCGGCAGUUCCAGCCUGAUACCGACACGCUCCUUUUUACUGCGGAGACAGGACCCAAGCCAUCAGAGGAAAAGGGCACGCGUUGCGUGUUUGGUUACCCGAAGUCGACGGGUGCAAAGAAAGCAUGGACAGCACUGGUACAGGAGAGUGGCCGAUCUUCCAUGACCUUGGCCAUAAGCAGCCCAGCUGAUGCCAGUGUGGGCUCUUACAAUCUGUAUAUGAGGGAAGGGUCACACGCCUCCCCUCAGUCCAUCACAAACAUGGUGCUCCUCUUUAACCCCUGGUGCACAGGUAUGCAAUUCCUGAAACACACAAGCACAAACAGACAUGCAAGGCUCAUAUGUAAACAAAUGUAUGCUGAUGUGAGGUGGCCUAUACACACAGACAAAUGUUACACUUAUGCAUGCCUACCAUUCCCCU